UUCCACCCAAGCACUCCUCAGGUUGAACAGGGAACCGAGGGACCCGGCUGAAGCCUCCUUGCGUAGGAGAGCUGCUGCCGAUGAUUCUCCCAAUCAUUUAGCCCGAGCAAGCACUUUGUGUCUUUGUGAGGAGAAUCAGCCUGGAGGCUGCAGGGAGCGCCGGCCACAUUCUCCCAAGUCCGUACUGUCUCAAAACUAGCCAGUCAGGCUAGCUUCGCUUUGGAGAUUCUCCUUCACGUUGUCCUGAACAUUCGGGCGAGGAAAAAGCAUCUAAAUCCGGCUGUUAAACUGCUAUCGACCGUUCAGUUGUAACCGAGUCGAAUGGGGUUUUACAUGUAAGCCGCUGUUCCGUCUUCUGAAGCAACUUUCUUCAAGUUUAAACAUGAGUUCAUCAGCGGUAAAGAAAGCUCGCCGGAGUGAAAGCAGUGUGAAGUCGGCGCCGCUUGGGACAUGGACUGCUACUGUUUUCAUGGUGGUCGCGCUCCUUUGUAAAGUGCUCUGUGUGCUGUCUGCAUCCUUCCAUUUCACAAAAGAACCUAAAUCGCAGGAUGCAUUGCAUGGACGCAGUGCAAUGUUGCGAUGUGAGGUGAGCGAUCCUGAGGGUGUGGCCUACAGAUGGCUGCUCAAUGGGCAGAGCGUCUCCAGUUCAGAGCGCCGCUUCCAGGAGGCAGGAAACCUGAAAUUCAGCGCCAUCGAUAGGACUCUGGACGCUGGCAACUUCCAGUGUGUGGCCACAAAAAACAUCACAGGAGAAGAGGAACGCACAAGCGAGGCUUCUUUCAACAUCAAAUGGUUAGAAAGUGGUGAGGUGACUCUUCAGAGUCCAGCGUCAGAGGCUGAGAUUAAAAGCUCCUUGUCUGUGACGUUACGCUGUGAUAUUGAUGGACACCCACGGCCAACCAUUCGCUGGUACAGAGAUGGAGUGUUGCUGGCAGAGAAGAACCGCAAGAUCAACAACAAGGAGCGAACGCUCAUGUUCCCCAGCACCAGCCCUGACGACAAUGGAUUCUACUAUUGCUGCGCCAAAAACGCUGCUGGCCAAGUGUGCAGCAGCAGGAACUUCACCGUUACUAUCAUAGAUGAGAGUUACCCUCAGCCUGUGGUAAAGCCAGAGGACCUGGUGGUGCUGAAGAAUGAGGAGGCUCAUUUUCACUGCCAGUUUACAGCCGAGCCACAGCCGACUGUAGAGUGGUACCACGAGAACGAACUGAUCUCCAACAAGACCCGUGUUUUUCUGCUGAACAAUGGCUCACUCUUCAUCAGCAAGGUCACACAGCGCAACACUGGCCGCUACAGGUGUGUGGCUCAGGGGCCCCAUGGCCCCCCAGUUACACUGGAGGCUUUUCUAAGACUAGCUGAAAUUGAUGACAUGCUGAUGCAUCAGUCUCGAGUUUUCACGGCGGACUCUCUGGAGCGGGUAUCAUGCAGACCGCCCCGUGGGCACCCAGAGCCAGAAGUGUGGUGGGAGCAGGAAGGUCAGCGGGUUCCUGCUGAGGGCCGGGUGUACCAGGAUGGGCUGGACCUGGUCUUCAGCCCCACCCGCGGAGAGGACUCGGGCACCUAUGUCUGCUUUGCUCAGAACAAGGCUGGCCAGAGGAAGCAGGAACUGAUGGUCACUGUUGCCACUGCACCUGAAUGGAUUGAAAUGCCAAAGGACAGCCAGCUGGAAGAGGGGCAUGCUGGAUAUUUACACUGUCACACCCGUGCCACACCUGACCCUGAGGUCACAUGGUAUCGUGCCAGUCAGUCUAUCAGUGGUGAGGAUGUGCGUUUUAAGCAGUUUCCGAAUGGAACCCUGCGCAUCAAUAAUGUGGAAGUGUAUGAUGGGCAAAAGUACCACUGUGAGAGUAAAAAUGAAGCGGGAAGUAUAAAUGCCCAUGCAAAAGUCAUCAUCUUGGAACGGCUAAAGUUCACCCCAACGCCACAGUCCUUGCAGUGUUUGGAGCUGGAUAAGGAAGGCAAUUUGCAGUGUUCUGCCAAGGGCCGUUUGCCCCCCACCAUCCGUUGGUCCAAAGCUGAUGGCAGGGAGAUUCCGGCUCGAGUGAAACAGAAUGGAGGCGUACUGCGCUUCUCCAAAGUGACUCGGGCAGAUGCUGGAAACUAUACCUGCCUGGCCUCCAACAGCCUGCAAGGAGAGAUCCGAGCUGUGGUUCAGCUCACUGUUGCAGUGUAUGUGGUGUUUAAGUUGAAGCCAGAGAACACUACGGUGUAUCAGGGUCACACUGCCAUACUCCACUGUCAGGCCACGGGAGAUCCUUCUCCCAUAAUCCAGUGGAAGAAGAAGGACAAGUUCUUGGAGGCUGGCAAGAGCAGGUUUCAGAUGAUGCCCAAUGGUUCUUUGAUUGUUCAUGACGUAAUUAUGGAGGACACUGGCAGCUACACGUGCAUUGCUGGGAACAGCUGCAACAUUGCACACACAUCUGCAGAGCUUUAUGUCGUGGAAAAGCCAGUGCAGCACUCCAUGUCAGAUGAUGAGAAAGCUCCCUAUAAAAUGAUCCAGACCAUUGGCCUGUCAGUGGGGGCAGCUGUUGCUUACAUCAUCGUUGUACUUGGCCUCAUGUUCUACUGCAAGCAGAGGCGCAAAGCCAAAAGAUUACAGAAGAGCAGAGAUGAGCCUGAAAUGGAAUGUCUCAAUGGAGGUGCAGUGCAGCAGAAUGGCCAGACUACCGCAGAGAUUCAAGAGGAGGUGGCACUGACUAACAUAACAGCUACUGGAAACAACAAACGCCACAGCACUAAUGAUAAACUUUGUUUUCCCCGUGCUAACCUCCAUCCUAUCACAACCCUGGGUAAGGGCGAGUUUGGGGAGGUUUUCCUAGCCAAGGUAAAGACUGGUGAAGAUGAGAAGGAGACCGUGGUUCUAGUGAAGGGUCUGCAGACACGAGAUGAGCAGCUGCAGAUGGAUUUCCGUCGCGAGAGUGAAAUGUUUGCUAAACUUGGCCACCUUAACAUUACACGUUUGCUGGGCAUGUGCAGAGAGACUGAGCCAUACUACAUGAUUCUGGAAUAUGCUGAUAUGGGCGAUCUGAAGCAGUACCUGAAAAUCUCCAAAAGUAAAGAUGAGAAAGGCAAGAACAGGCCACUUGGCACCAAGCAAAAGGUGUCUUUGUGUCUGCAGGUUGCUUGGGGAAUGGAACACCUCUCAAAUCAGCGCUUUGUCCACAAGGACCUGGCUGCACGCAACUGCCUCAUUAGUGCAAAGCGGCAGGUCAAAGUAUCUUCUCUGGGCCUCAGUAAAGAUGUCUAUAGCAGUGAGUAUUACAAUUACCGUCAAGCCUGGAUCCCCCUACGUUGGCUUCCAUCUGAGUCAGUGUUUGAGGAUGACUUUUCCACCAAGACAGAUGUAUGGUCGUUUGGAGUGCUCAUGUGGGAGGUCUUCAGCUUUGGAGAGCUUCCACAUGCUGAACUACCUGAUGACAAGGUGCUGGAAGGGCUUCAGGAAGCAAAGUUGAAGCUGUCCCCACCACAGGGAUGUCCCUCCAGGGUGUACAAGCUUAUGCUGCGCUGCUGGGCUGCCAGUCCCAAGGACAGAGCCUCUUUCAGCGACAUUGUCACAGCCCUCAGCGAGCUUCCCUCUGAGAGCAAGGUGUGAGAGAGAGAAAGAAGGAUGGUGGUUGGACUGAGGCACACCGAACAGAAGAAACUGGAUUGGUCUGCUAAGACUAUGAAAGCCAUAGUCAUAAAUUAGAUCCCCCUCUCAAGGAAAGAAAACCAAACUGCUUCUGAAUAAAAGCUGGAUUUUGUGUUUUUUUUUUGUUUUUUUUUUCUUCUUCUUCAAUAUGUUUUCUACCUAUCAACUCAGCAAAUGGGUGGACUUUGUGAUGAAGUUAUUCUGUACCUUUGGACAAACAAAUGGCAUAAAGAGAUGGUUCUAAACUACAAUUGUAGAAAUAAUUAUCAUGUCAGCUCUGCUAAAUUGUGGCAUCAAGUUAGCCUGAGCAGUAAGAAUUCUAUGUUCACACAGAGUGCAGAGUACAUUUGAUAUACAUUGUUAAACCAUGCACUGAUCAUUUUUUACAUUGUAUUAUAGAAGGGUUGUUCCAGGAACCUCUUAAUUUAUUUUAAAGGUCCUGUUUGUCUACACUGUACAGAAAGGUACUGUUUUUAUAUUCAUUUUAUUUUAGAUGUUUUUAGAAUUCGGAGUACUCUGAAGCUGAUUUAGUUUGCUGAGGCAAAGGUUAAGAUGACUUGAGAUCAUUGUUAUGAACGUUUCAAUUCAAGUGCCUGUAAAAUGAAGGAUAUGCUGUAUUAGUGUAUGUUUUAUGCUGAAUCUUUUUAAAGGCUUUGUAUUUUUUUGUUGAUGGUUUUUAUACUUUUUCCCCACUUAUUGUUACAGCUGUAUGCGUGGUUUGUGUAAAAAAAAUAGUUUUGACUCAAAAAAGAGGAAUAACAAAUAUUCUGCUAAUGCAAUAAAGCUUUGUACAAAAUGUGA